UUGUGACCCAGCCACACCAACAGGGGUUAUUAAAACCGGCCCAUCUCCGCAGUUUGUCAACAAUCAAUCCCAAAUUCCAACCAAAACCAGACCAAAGAGUCAAGCGGCGACCGAGAACCGAUUGAAGAUGAAGUCUGGUAUCGGUCGCCCAGUGGUGGCGUCAAUCGUGCCUGGGCAGCAGCACGAGAUCGAUACAGGAGCGGAUGCACCGAGGGAGUGUUGCGGGGUGUGCGACAUAAUCCUCGACGCAAUGCUCAGCGCUCGAGACUUGGGAAACAAUCAAACCUGGGAACUGGGCGGCGGCUCCGAGAUCCUCAACAGCUCCGAGUGCGAGGCACACAAUGCAUUCUUCGGGUCCUUCUUACAUGCCGAGCCCAAUCACGACAGCAGGUCGAUGUCCAUCUGCUUGUACAAGGGCCGCGUUUUCCUGUAUGUGACCAGGACCGGCAAGGACGGCCAGCGAUGGACGAGUUCACCAGAAGAGUUUCUAUUGCUUCAGCCAUCUGCUGGUACCCAAGGCGUCUGCAUGGGGAGAUCGGUGGACAGGAACUAUGUCAGCACCAACCUCAUCCGGCAGUGGAUGUCGUACUGCGAAGAUAACCACGGAUCCGCCUGCUCGUCCGCGGGGCGGCGCCCAUCCAUGUCCAUCUCAUGGUUCGUCGACACGGAGACAAACUGUCUGGUGCCGGCACCCGAGGGUUCUCGCUACGUGGCGUUGAGUUACGUCUGGGGCAAGGUUCCGAUGUUAAAGGCCCUCAAGGCCAACGUGCUGGCACUGCAGAAACCGGGUGCCCUCAGCCGAGAGUUCGCCGCCGAGAUCCCGUCCACGAUCCGACAUGCCAUGAGUCUCGUGAGAUCGUUGGGCGAGAGGUAUCUAUGGGUUGAUUCCCUAUGCAUCGUCCAAGAUGACGAGGAGUCCUUCCGGCUCCACAUCCGACAUAUGGCGUCUAUUUUCGAAGCCGCUGCUCUCACAGUAGUUGCGGCUGACGGUACGGACGCGAACUAUGGACUGCAUGGACUCAGGAACACCUCAGUGGCAAGGUCCCUCCCGCCGGUGUUGCCUCUGGGCGAGCAGAUUGGAAUCACGACUAGACUCUGCGGCCUCGUGCGCCGAUCAGCCUGGGCCACACGAGGCUGGACACUGCAAGAGCACCUGUUUUCUAGGCGGAUGCUUGUGUUCAUUGAUGGAUCUGUACGGUGGUUCUGCUGCGAGAACACAUACUAUGAGGAUGUUGAUUCACCGCUGGAUAUCGAUCCCUCAACCACUGGUUUCGACGGUGGAGACCACGCUGAGGGGCGCUCCCUUCAAGAGCUAUCCCUCAACUAUCCCGACUUGUCGAGACUUGUCAACUUACUUGCCGACUACGGCGGAAGGCUGCUCACCUACGAACAAGACGUCAUACCAGCCAUCUUGAGCACUUUCCAGGCUCUAAACAGGGCCUUCCCAAGAGGCUUCAUCCACGGUCUCCCAGUGUCCUUCCUGGAUGCAACGUUGAUAUGGCGGCGUCGUGGGAGCCCAUUAAAGCUUCGAAGGUCACCGUCGGAUUCUCAAGAUGGCUGGCCGCCAAGCUGGACGUGGGCCGGGUGGAAGGGCCGGAUUCACUCCCUAUGCUGGACUUCCAAAAACUACAUCAAGAACCCGACUUUCAAUAUGGCAACAGCACACUGGAAGCCCUAUCAGGCCAUCCCCUUCCUCAAAUGGCACACCUGCUCAGCCGUAAAUUCGGAACAACGUCAGAUCCAGCAUCAGAACGAGUGGCAUGAGUUCAAGGUGUCAUACAUGGGGAAGGCAGACGGGCUUCCUCCCGGCUGGCAUUAUCAGCGGGAAGGAAUGGAGGCUCAAGGGGAGGAGUCGGAAAAGCCGUACCAAGACAUGAGCCGGUUCCGCGAUCCGCUCUGCCCCGUCGACUCCGAGGCGGAUCUGCAAACGCCGUAUUUCUACACGCACGACUCGAGCCCGGGGAUCAAAUUCUGGCACCCGGUCCCCAUCGGCCGGGGAGACGCAGAAUCAACCCUCCCGCAAGCUGGGUACGGUAGAUAUCUCUGCGCGAAGACACAGCAGGCGCGGUUGUGGGCUGCCCGGCCGCCGCAGAACUGCUCGUUCCCUCUUGCGGUGUCUUACCAGGGACCUGACAGGUUUGUGGCACCCUUGUUCAGCACCGUCCUGGGCGUUGAGAUUGUCCUGAGGGAUGGCGCUGGGUCCGACGUCGGCGAGCUGUCGAUCGAUGGCGUGGAUGACCUUGAGCAUGUCAAGGGGUACGAGGCCGUGGAGGGUGAGAGCGGGUAUGCGUGUGAUCUGGUUGCUAUAUCCCGUGGGUUUGACUUUGCUGAGCCUAUGGUUCCGGAGAGGGAGACGUAUACUUUUUAUAAUGUCUUGUGGGUUGUGUGGAUUGAUGGCGUUGCGUAUCGCAGAGGGGUUGGCCGGGUGAUAAGGGGAACAUGGGAAGGUUUGCAACGGGAAGACAUUGGUCUGAUUCUUGGAUGAAGAAGAGCAACCACACAAACGACACUCUGUCAGGCUCAACCGGGAGGCCUCGCGCUCAACAGUUUGUGUUUUUGGGGUGGUUUCUCCUCAUGCAGAAACAAUAAGUACCUUGAUGUCCAGAUUAGUGUACUCUUGUCAUAGCCAACCAGCGUAAAGUGGCAUG